AUGGCAAGCACUUUGCGUCUGGAAGCGCUCUUCGAGGUUAAGGACCGUUGGGUCGCCAUUACUGGUGCAGGUGAAGUACCAUCCAAGGAGAACAAUUGGCUUAAUAUUGACAUGUCGCUAUCAGCUAGCGGUAUAGGUCACGUCAAUGAGCGUUCCUUGGAGGCAGUUAAGACCGAGCUUCAGCAGCUCAGCCAAUCUGAGGAGUUACCUCCAACCUCUAUAGUCACGAUACAUGGAGACCUUUCCAGCGAGGCAGGUGUCACAGCAGUCGUCGCCGCGAUCAAGUCAAUUCGCAAUUCGCUUGAUGCUCUCAUACAUUGCGCCGCGGUCCGUUACAUGAACGAUAUCACUUAUAAGCCUGGCGGCAGUCUGGACAACCUUGAAGAAGCAUCUCUGUCUGCACCCUAUCAAGGCUGGGAACAAACAUUUCGCCUGAAUGUGCUUGCGCCAUAUUAUCUGACUGCGGGUCUAGUACGCUUGUUAGGCACAGCAGCCGCGAGAGGCGACGGGCGAGGCUGCGUGAUUAUGCUAAGCAGCCCAGCUAGUGUGCAUAAUCAUCAAUUUGUGCCCUGUUAUCAGACAUCUAAAGCAGCAGUUGAUCAUCUUGUACGGAUCAUGGCGGCGGAGUUCGCAGACUACUACAUUCGCGUCAAUGGAAUUUCACCAGGCAUCGUGCCUUCCGGAAUGACAACAACAGAUGCCAAUUCAAACCUCCAUUUAGCGGCGGAAGCACCAGCUGGCCGAGCAGGGAACGAAAAAGACAUGGUAGGGACCAUGCUGUGGUUAAUCAGCAAGGCGGGCGCUUUUAUGGACGGCAAGGUUAUCAGAGUUGAAGGUGGCCGGCUUCUUAUUCUUCGAGGAGCAACAUGUCAUUCAGGUUGA